AUGAAUCAAGCUACUGUUGUUUGGGCCAAGCUAUUUCUAAUCAUCAUAAUUUUAGCUAAACCUCUUGGUCUUAAAGCCGUCCACGAAUGCAAGCACCUAGGAAAUAAUUUGUGUCUAAACCACAAUGAAUGUUGUUCCGGUUAUUGUUAUAUGGAACCUGGUUGGGCGUCUGGUGUGUGUAAAAGAAUGAAUACUCCAAAAAAACCAGACGAAUCGAAAACCAGAAAAAACAACGAAAAAAACAACGAAAAAAACAACGAAAAAAACAACGAAAACAACGACGAAAAAAACGACGGAGUACAUGACAGAGUAGAAGACGUUUUUGAAACGGGCGUUUGUGGGUAUUACAGAGGAGAGUCCUUAACUGCAAGUGGUGAUGUAUUCGAUGAAACCGAAAUGACCGCCGCUCACCGGACUUUGCCGUUCAACACGAAGGUCAAAGUGGAGACCAUGGGUACCAGUGUAGUGGUCAAGAUCAACGACCGGAAGACUCCGUCGGACGGACUAGUAAUGCUUUUGUCUCGUGCGGCGGCCGAGAACCUUAACAUCAACGAGAACACAGGCCCGGUACAGUGUCAAUUAAAAAUUCUGACCGAUUCGGGCUGCACUCCAGAUUUUGGAAACACGUGUGUGCUGCAUCACGAAUGCUGUUCACAAAACUGUUUCAAGGAAAUAUACUCAGAUGAAGGGUUUUGCAUACCGAAAUAA